AUGGCUGUUCUCGACUCCCUGCCCGGGAUUGAGGUUGCGGUAUGUGUUGAUGGCGAGCCAUUUAAAGAAUAUGAGAACACCGAAGAUGAGUUGAUAUUGAAUGAGCCAGAAGGACUUGGCAAGAAGUUUGAAGUCACUAAACAUCAGCGUUCUGUGACGGUUAAAAAGUUUGUCGAGUCUACGGCCGGCAAGUUCUUUACCAUUAAAUGCACCGUCAAAAGCCCAUAUAGAUAUGCAGGCGCUUGUACGCACAUUUCAUUUUGCUCUUCUAUCGAUGGCGAGAACCUGUCUUGGGCCCCUCUUUUCAACAAAGAAACAUAUGAAAAGAAUAGCUCUGGCUUGACUCGAGAGAUCGAGGGAAAUUUCUAUAAGGAGGAAGGAAAACUACUACUACAGAGAUUACAGUUCACGGAGAUGCACUUGACUCAGUGGGAUAAUUCGAUCGAAGCAGCCAUUCGGCCUGACGGAAGCGGACGUUACGUGGGUGAAAUCGAAGUGAGAGUCUUUCGAGAAAUGACCCCAUCAAAAGCCAGUCUUGUCAGCACAGCUCCAUUAGUUAGUAAAACCGAGAUUCUAGAGAACUUGUUGAAGGGCCAAGCAAAAUCGCAUAGCACAUUAUUUAGUCAGGGGGAGGCUGAAAAAGAAUGCAAAUAUGUGAGAACGAAAUGCCGCGAUGGCGGGAGAGAGUAUCCUAUUGCAAUUUUCAAUUUUCAAUAUGGCUCGAAAGGAGAUCUUGAAGCAUUAGGUAUUGUCGAAAGGAUGUCGGAGCCAGAGUCACCGUUUGGUUGUGGUCAUGAUUCUAGACGACUACCUAUACCGAUGAGUGGACCUCAAGCUCCAGAAAAGUUGUUCCGGGGUACGAUGAAAGAAGCGGAGGCGGAAACGGAGGCAAAGCUAUCAAACAACAGUUCUGAUGGCGGAUCUACUUCCAAGCCACUGCCAAACACGUUUGCCUCUCCAAUCAAGCAAAAACUUCAAGAUGCUGGAUCUGUUGAAAAAUGUAUCGCAACAACCCCUUCAGUUCCUGUCGGCUCUUCUAAUAUCACGUCCCCAAUAAAUUCUGCAUCCUGGAAUCUUCAAGAUCUAGAUACAACACAGACUGGACAAUUGUUUGGACAGUUCCUGCAAUACUUACAAACACAAGGAGGUGGACAGCCCUCACAAGCACCUCCGCCACUCCCAGUAGAAACCACUCCCGCGGCUCUUCCCAGCCUAUUGAAAUCCACCAGUAGCAGCGAAAUUGUCACUACAGCUACUUCGAAGCCAACAGUCAAGCGCGAGAAAGAAGAAAAUGAGAACGAGAGUCGCAAGAGACGUCGCAAGGUUAGAGAAAAAGUUACUAUUGACCUUACAGAGGACGAAUCUGAUGAUGACGUUGUGAUUGAUCUUGAUUCGGAUUGA